UCUCUUGACACCUUGAGGGAAGGCUGGGAGGUGUAACCAUUGCCAGCAAGAGAGGAGAGCAGGAGCGAAAGGAGAAGGAAGCCAAUAACAGAGAGGUCUAGCAAGGUGGUGGAGGGGGAGGGAUGGGGCCACUCCUCCGUCCGUGGGGCUGCAGAUUAUUUUGCAUGGAUUGUUGAAGAGAAAAGAGAUCUGCGUUUGUGAAGAGACCAAAAAAAUAAGCAGCUCGUUGCUUGGGUACUGCCGCGCCUGAGCUGACAGCGGGGAGAGAGCCUGCAAGCGCUGGGAGAACAAGCGGAAUAUGAGUGAGAGCAGGCACUUCCCAUUGUCUGAGGCAUCCUCCAGCGAGCUGCAUUCCUCCGGCUCACAGCCUGCUGUGCAAGCCUGCAGCGAUGGGGACGAACAGCUUGGCCAGCCUCCGGAGCCUGCCAGCAGGAAGGCCAGCCCCCCGGAUGAUGCCGAGCCCGGCCAAGGAGCAGAUGGGGUGCGCCAGGGCUGUGGGGACAAACAUCUGGCAGCCUCUGCGGGCGCCGGGGAGCAGGGAUCGGAGGCAUCCACCCCGAGCGAUAGUGAAGGCUGUGAGGGGCCAGCGCUGGACAACGGCGUGGACGCGGAGCUCAGUGCGGGUGGGGAGGCGGUGAGCCUGCAGCAGCAGGACAGCAGCGUGCCCAGCCCCAGCAGCGUGGAUUCCGGGGAGAGGGAAUCCCUGGCUCCAGAGGCACGGAUCCAGGCCCUUGGCAAGUUGCACUUGCAUGGCUUCCUGGGCUCCUCAGAAAUGCUGAGCAGCAAUGAGACGGAGGAUCAGCUCGGGUUUGCUGCAGGAAAUGCCAAGCUGAGCUGUAGUGAGGACGACAAGGAACAUUUUCAAUUCAAAGACAUCAGGGAUGGAUUCAGCUCAACCUUUGAGAAGAUUGUUGAGUCUGACCUAAUGAAGGGCACAUACUACAGCAGCUUGGACUCUCUGGAUGUCCUCUCUCUCACAGAUGAGACAGACAGCUGUGUCAGUUUUGAGGCCCCACUCACACCAUUGAUCCAGCAACGAGUCAAGGAAAGCCCAGAGCUCUUGGAGCAGAAACUGGUGGCCCAGCAGAAAGAAGCCCUUCACCACACGGCUGCUGAUAAGCAAGAGCAGGCAGCAGUAAAGCCAGUGGAGGGGGAUUCUGGGAGCCCUCUCAGACACUCGAUUACUAGCAGCAGGUCAGAGAAUGUGCUGAGCCGUUUGUCUUUGAAGAAUAUCCCAAAUGGGUUCCAUGUGGAAGGUUCAGAGGAAGAAGCGACCAAGAUCAUUAACUCCAUCAGCGAUGCCAGCUUGAAAGAUGCCCUGUCAGACUCCGACUCUGACAUGGGCAGCACGGAGCAGCUUGACCAGGGAAGCACAGACACCUUGGCAAACGGCUGCAGGGCAGACAGCGAGGCUGCAAAGAGGCUGGCCAAGCGCCUCUACAACCUGGAAGGGUUCAAGCGCUGUGAUGUAGCACGCCAGCUUGGGAAAAAUAACGAAUUUAGCAAGUUGGUAGCAGAGGAGUAUCUCAGCUUCUUUGACUUCACUGGCCUGACCCUUGACAAAGCACUCAGGACAUUCUUGAAAGCAUUCCCCCUGAUGGGAGAGACGCAGGAGCGGGAGCGGGUGCUGAUUCACUUCUCCCGGCGGUACUGCCAGUGCAACCCAGAGGAGAGCACUUCUGAAGAUGGGAUUCAUACGCUCACCUGUGCCCUGAUGCUGCUAAACACAGAUCUUCAUGGCCAUAAUAUUGGCAAAAAGAUGUCAUGUCAACAGUUCAUAACAAACCUGGAUGGGCUGAAUGAUGGGAAGGACUUUGCAAAGGAUUUGCUGAAGACACUGUAUAACUCCAUCAAGAAUGAGAAGCUGGAAUGGGCCAUUGAUGAGGACGAGUUGAGGAAAUCACUCUCGGAGCUGGUAGACGACAAAUUUGGAGCCAGUGCAAAGAAAGUGACAAGGAUUGUUGACAGCAGCAACCCCUUCCUGGACAUCCCCCAAGCGCUGAAUGCAGUCACCUACAAGCACGGUGUCCUCACGCGCAAAACCCAUGCAGACAUGGAUGGGAAGAGAACUCCCAGAGGAAGAAGAGGUUGGAAGAAAUUUUAUGCUGUGCUUAAAGGGACCAUCCUUUAUUUACAAAAGGAUGAAUAUAAACCUGACAAAGACCUCUCUGAAGUGGAUCUGAAAAAUGCCAUCCGUGUGCACCACGCCUUAGCCACAAAAGCCUCUGACUACAGCAAGAAGUCCAAUGUGCUCAAACUGAAGACAGCCGACUGGAGAGUCUUUCUCUUCCAAGCCCCAAGUAAAGAAGAAAUGCUCUCCUGGAUCCUGCGAAUCAACCUCGUUGCUGCCAUUUUCUCUGCCCCGGCCUUUCCAGCUGCAAUCUGCUCAAUGAAGAAGUUCUGCCGCCCGCUCCUGCCUUCAUCCAUGACCAAGUUGUGCCAGGAGGAACAGCUGAGAUCUCAUGAAAAUAAAAUGAAGCAGAUUGCAGACGAAUUAGCAGAGCAUAAAUCACAUCCUGUAGAGAAGAGCCUCAAGUCAAAAGAGGCUGAGGAGUACAGGCUUAAAGAACAUUACCUAAUUUUUGAGAAGAGCCGCUACGAGACAUAUAUCAAUCUGCUGUGCAUGAAAAUAAAAGUUGGGACAGAUGACCUGGAGAGAAUUGAAACCAGUUUCUUUAAGGUGGAAGCUGAUGACAUUGCUUUGCGGAAGACACAUUCAAGCCCUUCCCUGAGCCAAGGGCAUGUGUCUGUCACCUGUAAGGUGGAAAAGGACAUAAUAGAGCAGAACACUUAACAAGGAACGUGUGCAUGGGUGAAAUGAACUGGUGAUGCUUUGCGCUCCUGGACUAGAUCAAUGAGCACAAUUUUACCUAGGAAAUUAUACAAACAAAACCGUAGACGUGUAUGACACGGUGACUGCUCUAGUGAAAGAAGUCAAAGAAGCUUUAGUUGACACUCCUUGGCAAUGCUCUGGCAUUUCAGCAUCAUGGACACUCCAUCUCUUCUUUUCCCCAACAGCACCAGUGGCUUUCCUUUCCCUUCUACCACAGCCUGCACAAUAAAGGGAUAUGCUCAUUCUCCAGGUGCCAGGUUGCUCUCUUCCACCAGCCCUAUCUUCUCCUCCUCCUUCCUCCUUCUCUCCCUGGAGUUUCCACUGGUUCACAUCCACAGUUCCCAGCAGUGCAAGACACUCAGCCGGGACAUCAGUGUCUGCGUCACCACCAGCGCUCUCAGAGAAAGGCACAGAGCAGCGGGGAGCACAUCCCUCGUGUGAGAGGAGUGCUGUCUGGCACGUCACAAUAGGACAGGUUUCAUGAGCUAGUCACCAACUGAGUGAGAGGCGUCUUCAGCACAGUGUGUGGGACUGUCAUCUGCCCAUGGCAGUAGAGGCCUGAAGUGCCCUCUGUCACCUUAUCCUUUUUAUAUAUAUAUAAAUAUAUAUACAUAUGAAUAUAUAUAAAUAAAUAUAUAUAUAUAAGGAAAACUUAAUAUGGGAUUUUAACCUCAGUGUGCAAGAGAAGGUAAGCUGCCUGGAGAAGACACUAGGGACCAUGGAGGGUCUGAACAGGACAUUUUCAAUAAUGCAGUAACCUGCGUUUCUUUUUUUUUUUUUUUUUUUUUUUCCCUUUUUGUACUUGAAUGGAAAGCCCACCUGGCUUUGCUGUGAAACAUCGCACUCCUGUUCCUGUUUGUUGAGACAAACUAGCCAAAUGGUUGUUUAUUUAGCAUCCAUGGCAUCUGCCACUUUGGGUUUGAGGCGCAGUUGGAAAUGUGCUUCAGAUCCAGCUGAACCUUUGUGUGCAGGAGCAAUUCUAACUGCCCAUCAGUGUUGUAGUUCCUCCAUUUUGCAAUUCGUAUGCUGUACUCUUUUAAAGAGGGAAUUGUGUUUCUGUUCCUUUCUGCUGUCUGUGGUCCAAUGAUUUAUGGUUGUACUAGAAGCGAUUCCACUGCAUUUCAGUGCCACAACUGUGCUCCUGCACUUUAUUUAUUUAUUUUGCAAUUUGGUUUGGUUCUUUAUCCCAGAUUGCUUUUCUUUCCUUUAGGUGCAUUCAUAGUAAUCAAGUUCCAGUUUUGAAGGAUCUUGUAGCUGCUAACUACAGUCAUUUAUUGUUUAUAUUUUGCAGCUUUUUUUUAAACAAAGAAGAUUUAUUUGGACCUUCAAAGUCUGAGAGACUAUUGACUACUGUUUUCCAUGAUGGUUCAUACUACUAAAAACCUCCAUCCAAUUUUGUCACCUCUUCUUUUACCUCUGUUUCUUUGUACAGUUUGAUAGCUUAUUUGAAAUGAUGCACUAAGAAUCAUGUAAAAAAGAAUAACAAUAAAGCUGAAUCUGUUGGUAAAGAGAA